AUGACGAAUUUGGGCGGCGUGUCAGUAUUAUGCCUCUGUCUGGCGCAGGCUGUUGCGUCCUUGACGCAGUACGAGGAGCGUUACGGAUCGCAGCUGCGCCGCCUCCCGGCGGACGAGAUUGUCGAGGAGCCUUUGAACAAGCUCGCCUUCGGCAGCUGCCAGAAGAUAGAGCUCAACCCCAAACGCAUCUAUGAUGCCAUUACGCGUUACGACCCCGACAUGUUCUUGUAUACGGGGGAUAUUGUCUACGCUCCCAACGGAUGCUGCGAGCCGCACUGCUUGAAACAUGAGUACAACCGUCUGAACGCGUCGCCGGUCUAUCGCGAUUUCGCGGCCUCCAUGAAGCGGAUGGACGGCAUAUACGAUGACCACGAUCUGGGCAUCAACGACGGCCACAUUAAGUACGAACAUCGUGAAUUCAGCCAGGAGUACCUGCUGGACUUCUUUAAUAAGCCGGCAGAUCACUACCGGAGGAAGCGCACUGGCUCCUACUUCUCCAUGCUCUUCCGCGACCCGGAGCAGCCUAAGCGUGCCGUCAAGCUGAUAGUGCUCGACGUGCGAUACCACCGUGACUGCUACUACUACUGCUCAUGCCACACGUGCCUGUGGAGACGGAUGCACUUCAAUAAGUACUUCUUCGCGAGAACGAUCAACUACCUGUUCGGGUUCGGCUGCAACCACCCUGGAGACACGCUGGGUGCGGAACAGUGGCGCUGGCUGGAGGGGCAGCUGCACGACUCCGAGGCUGAGGCGCAUGUGAUUGUGUCGUCAAUACAGGUUUUCACGCGCUACCCCAUCACCGAGAGCUGGGGGCUGCUGCCCGAUGCAAAGGACAGGCUUCUGCAGCUGCUGCUCACCACCAAGCCCAAGAAUCCCAUUUUCCUCUCGGGCGACGUGCACUGGGGUGAGCUAAAUGAGAAAGACGGAGUUGUCGAGGUCACAUCAAGCAGCCUCACGCACUCGUUCCUGGAACAAAACAAGUCGCCGUACCGCCCGUUCGCCCUGGCCUUGUACAUGUUCAAGCGCAACACGUUCAUGUACAACAACUUCGGAGGCCUCGAGUUCGAAUACGACGCUAAAGCAGACGCGCUGAAAUGGAGCGCCAAGCUCUUCGACAAGGAUGGGCAAACAGUUCGCCACUUCGCCAACGACCCUGCGCGAGACCCCCUGUCCAUCUACCGCAACGUCGAAAGCAAGAGCAGAACGUUUUUCAAAAUGGAUCGCAUGGUGAAGUGCCGGAGUAUAGUGUGGAAACUGGUCCUGAUUUACGUCUUUCUCUGUGUGCUGUCCUGGAUGGUGCUCACACCCUAUAUCGCGUUGCGUGCCGUUCACCGCCGUGUAUUCGGUACACGGAAGCGCAAAACAAAUUAA